UAAGAAAGGAGUUAUGACAGGUUUGGAGGUGUCAUAAAUAUUUAGUCAGGUUGUUGUCCCUGAUCUUGGCAAAGAGGGCUUCGUGAAACGAAUUCAUCAUGGGUCUUGGAGGCAGACGUUCAGAUACCAGCCGAAAGAAAAAGCAGAUCAUCACUGUAAAGGCAUCAGAUGUCCCUAGGUUAAAGGUUGUGAGGUUGGAGGCCAAGUGCAAAAAUAACAAUGAAGCAUUUAAAUGGAUGCUCGUGUUAGCUGAGAAGUAUUUAGGGGUUGAGAACAAAACUGAAAAUGGUGGACCUAUCAAUCCUUCCUUUGAUGAGGAAAAGAUUGCGGAUAUUAAGAUGAGUGAUGAUAAUGAGGACAUGAUGAAAAUGGAAAGAGAGGAGACAGGUGAUAUUGUAAGCAAGGCAGCCCAAGCUAUCAGAGAGGACUUAGAGAAAGAAAGAACUGGUAAUCCUGGUGUGAGUGAGCAGUAUGAGAUGGUUGAAAAUGAAAGCACUACUUCAUGCUUUCCUGACACCAGUGGUCCAGAAGGCAUAGAAGGAUCUAACAUUUCAGGAGAGGACAUUGAAGAAAAGCCCCCAACUUUGACUGUGAGUCCUCGUCGCAGUGGAAGGGUCAGAGUUCGCCAGAGCAAAGAAGGCGGCUUUAAAUGCAGCAUAUGUCCAUUUCGGUAUCCUACCAAGGAGGCUGUUAAAAUACAUGAAGCUACACAUCGAUCUAAGGUACAGGUGUGUGAAAAAUGUGACAAGGAGUUUGUGAAUAUAGAAGCACUGAAGGCCCACAUCCGCUUUGUCCAUGAUAAGAAGUAUGACUGCAGCGAAUGCGACAAGAAGUUUGGCACCAAGUACCUUUUGAUGCAGCACUUGCGGUCACACACCGGAGAGAAGCCUUUUCAAUGUGACACCUGCAACAAAGCUUUCACAACUUCUUCAUCGCUAAAGGCACAUCUUGAGAGUCAUAACAGUACUCGCUCCUACCUGUGCCAUGAAUGUGGUGCUGCAUACAGACGCAGGGACUGCUUAAAGCAACAUAUACUGCGAUGCCACAAGACAGAUCAUGAAUUCCAGUGUGAGUUGUGUGGAAAGAGCUACAAGUACCGCGAGUCACUGAAAAACCACUUAGAGCACCAUAAGAAUGUUGAUGAAGGAAAGUGCCCUUAUCAGUGCCACCUGUGCGGGAAAGGGUUCACAGUGGCUGCUACGCUGCAGCGUCACAUGCAAACACAUAGAUCAGUUUUCCGGUGUCAUACAUGUGACCGCGAGUUCAGCCAUCGUCAUCACCUUAAGCGUCAUUUGAUUGUUCACACGGGAGAGAGACCCUUCAUUUGCCCUCAUUGUGACAGGACUUUUGGGCUUCGGUCAACGCUUCUCACCCAUUUACGACUUCAUACUGGUGAGAAGCCUUACAAAUGCAAGCUGUGUCCUAUUGCUUUCCGACGCAACUACAGCUUGAAGAAUCACAUGAAGAAGGCCCAUGCCAUCGAAGUGCCUAAACGUGGUCCAGGUUCCUUACCCCUCAAGGUCAGUAACCAAGAUAAUGUGCCUCCAGAAGUCCUGAUGCAACUGCAGUUGCAAGAGGAAGAAGCAAAUGCACAGAUCAGGGGUGAGAAAGGUCUGUUGCCUGGAGCAGUUCCCAUUGAGCUCACCGUUCAUCAGAUUGAUUAUGAUGGCCAGGUUGAGCCAAAUGUUGCCUACACCACCUCUGCAGAGGAAUCGGUCGUUGCAAGUGAGCUCAUUGACAAUGCAGACAGCCAACAGGCUGUGAUGACUCUAGCAAACAUGUCACACCAGUUGAUGAAUGUGCAACAGAUGGAGGAGUUGCAGCAACAAGUUCAGCAGCAGCUGCAAGAAGCUGAAGGGGUUCAGCAACAUGUACAAGAAGUUCACAUACAACAGCUUGAAGAUGGUACACAGACUGUUGAAUAUGUCACAUUUCCUGUGAACUUCACCACUAUCCCUACCUCAGAAUCUGAACUAAAGGAUGGGCAACUCAUCCAAUAAAUUGGACUCUUAGUACAAAUGAAUUUCAUUCUUUAAAUAUACUGUUAAAGGAGAAAUCCGACCUUGAUUUAAUUGGUUUUCAAAAGCAUAGAAAAUUUAGAAACUUGUCAAUGAAGGUUUGAUGAAAUUUAUCAAAGGAUGAUCAAUUUCAGAUUUAUUUUUAGUCAAAGCUUCUAUUUUCUCUCUCUCUCUUUCUCUCCAAAAAAUAUCUUUUCUUAAUGUUGAUUUUACCUGUGAGACAUAUUUUAGACACCUUGUUUAAUACAAACCCGUAAACACAAAUAGUAUUUUGAUGCACUUUGUCAGACUUUUAUUAAAAGUUUGUUUCUUUCCUGCUUUGAUUACAACCAACUUUCAAAUCAUGGGGACAGCAUCAGAGCAGGAAUUAGUUUGCAGGCACAAAAGUAUGGUUUACUGAAACAUGCUAUAAUAGCCUGAAUUUUUAGACCACCAUACUUGGGAUAGCUUUCUUGGCACAGGGUUGUUUGCAAAAUGCCCCAUACAUUUUGAAACUAAACUUGCAGUAUUUCAAUGCAGCCCCCAUGGAUUUGGACUCUACAACAGUUAAGUUAGAUCCUGGUAUAAAUCUGCCUCAGGGACACUGACUUUGUUCAGCCAGAGGUGUUUUUUUUUAUUUAAAAGAAAAAAAUAUAUAGAUUUGGUUGUAAAUAUUCUAAUUGAUACUAUUCUACUGGUAUUAGCCAUGUCAAAAGUCUGUACUGUGUCUUUUGGCUGGAAUCCAACUAUGAAGGUGCUGUGCAUCUGUUAAUAGCAGCUUUCCCACAUUCCUUGUUAUUUUGUCUAUGAUAAAGCAUUGGUAGUGAAAUGCCGCUUGCGAGAUUCCUGCGGGAAAGAUGCACCUCGGACUAUUGGCAAGUGCCUUCAAUUGGUAAAAAGGGUAGAUUGAGCUAUUCUUAUUUCUCCCAAGUAAAGGUUGUGCAAUGUGAUGAAUCCUACAGACAGGAGUUGAUGGAUCACAGUCAAUGUAUUUUCACUCUACAUUCAAUAUACAUGUAGGUGUGGCGAUAUUCUUUCUAAACCAUUAUUCAACCCCUCAUUUGAGCUAUUUUUGGUACCGGUACAUUUUCUGCCUUUUUGCUCAAAUUAGGAACGAAAUAACAUCUAUUUUACAUGUAAAUAAGGCCUACAUGUACAUUUUUCUAUAAAAAAAACUACAAUUAAAGACAGCAAAAUAAACUAACAUUUUUUUAUUUGUUUUCCUUUAUUUUGGGGACGAGUAAAUUUUAGGUUCGGACCAGUAAAAAAUUGAAAAUCUGGGUAUCUACAUGUACUGGUCUGACAUGAACAGGUUGGGCCAGUAGAAAAAAAGGUUAGUGUGGAACCCUGGAUCUGCUUUUUAGUUUUACACUUGUGGUCAGAAAGACAAAAUUGCCAACUACAUCUACAUGGAGGACCUUGAAAAAAAAAACUGAUUCAAAAUCUUUGCUCUGGAUGCCCUACCCCAUGCCAUGAACCAUGGUGUGCUACAUGUGCUAUAACUAAAUCCAGAUUCACAGUAAUUUUUUUAUUACCAAAGAAUUUUAAUUUCCAAAGAUAACUGAUCUUCGGAAAUUAGAAAUCUUCUUGGUAAAGGUAAAGUCUAAUAUUUGUUAGAAUUUGAUUACUAGUAGUGGUAUAGAAUAUAUGCAUUAUGCUCAUACUGUGGGAAAAUAAAAAAAUCAGAGUAUGUCAUUCAGCAACAGAAAAUAAAAUCACCAGUCCUGCAGAUGUGAUGAACAGGAGCUGCAUGACUUGCAUGGAUGAUUUUUUUUUCUGCGAUGAAAACAAAUAUUAAAGAUAAAAAGUCAUAUUCCAACUUUUGAUAUCUGAUUAGAAUAAAAAAGAUUGAAAAUCUGAAUACAUACCCCCAAAACAUAUUUGUAUUCCAGUCUUUUACAAAGCCAUGCAUAACCUGAAAAGAUUAGUGAAACAACAUCUUGGUUUCAAUAGAUGCAUAAAAUAUGAGAUAAGAGAUACAUGAUUAAGUCUGAUUUUUUUAAAUUAGCUGCUUUGUUAUGUUAAGUAAAUUCUAUAAAUUACAAUUUUUCAUAGAAAUUUGUAUGAAAAAUAUGUCCUUUAAUGAAAGUAUGAUUAAUAUUUGUUUUGUAAUUUUUUUGAGAAAAUUACAUUUAAUGGAAUAUGUAACAGGGAGCUACUCCCAUGUGACAUCACAAAUUGAAAUUCAAAAUAUGUAUAACGUUGUCAUUCUUUGCUAGAUUUUUGCCAAGCAUUUAAUUUUCUCUCCUUUUAUGGUAACUUUUUAAUGUCCUGGGUCCCUAACACAAAGGUUAGUGAUUAAUCGUACGCAUGACUUUCACGAUUGAUUGUACAUUGUAGUCAAUGGAAUCAAUCGUAAAAAUAUGUUCUACGGUCUCUGCUAAGCUUUGUGUUACGGGCCCCUGGUGAACUUCCCCUUUAAAUGAGAUUUGUACGUGUAGAUAACUAUGAUGAUACUUUUUUCUGACUGUCCACAUGAUAAUAAUCUGACACAAUACAGAUACUACCAGUAGUCAUCGGGUGAUUUCAAGUCCGGUGUUGGUGUUGAAAUUUGGAUUGCUUCCCCUAGCUCCAAAACCUAUUCUGCGUUUGUACAGCUGAUCCAGAUCACACUAUUGACAUCUCAACAACUAGUGAAUGACUUUACAGGGACAUCUUCAUUUUAUGUUUGGUGUUAUACUCGUAUUAAAAUUGACCGAACACCAACACCAAAAGGUAAACGCUGAAAUUGAAGUCACCCAAUGAGUUUGUAAAGGCAUAAACUUUUAACUCCAUAAAGAUGUGAAUUAUCCCAGUGAUAAAGGUGAAUUUACUAUUGAAAUUCAGAAAUCUGUAGUGGAUUUGGGUGGGGUGAACUUGAAUGUAUUCAUAGAGUUGAGAAGUUUUGUUUGUAAAUUCAAAAUAAAAACAUCUUUCUGUAUGAACUGUUUUCACUUCAGUGGCAUAUUUAGGUGCAGAUUGGGUGUCCCAAAAACAUAAAAGAUGAAUGUAUGAAAAAAAAAUGAAAGGAAAACCCCUUCGAAGUUUGAUCUGAUGAAACACCAUAAAAACUGGCAAGAUGGUACUGUCAAAAGUUUGAAGGGGUAGGGCAGUUCAACUUGGCUGCCCAUUUGGCCCUAGAUAUGCCACCGAUGUCCUUUUCAUCUCAUAUUUAUGCUUAGAAUUGUUUAAGUUUUUUUUUUUUUGAGAAUGGCAGUUUGGUUUGAUUGAAUGUUGAAUUUAAGGUUUCAGCUCCUGAGUUAACUUUUCCAAUAAUUUUUGGCGAUCUCAUGAAGGAAAUUAUCAAAUGAUUUCCCCGAGUGUAGCCUAAUUUGAAAUUUGUUGUAAUUUUCGAAAGGUACAUUUUCGUUGUAAUUGGAAAUGAUUCUCUGGGUUCUGAUCUAUCUUAUCAAUGAGUAUACAUUAUGAAUGUAAUGAUUUUUGCUUUAUAUGUAUCACAUCAGAAUAUCUUUAAGCGUAAGUGUGCCAUGUUUGCACCAAGGAAAGGUGAAACUGUACCGUUUAUGUGAAAUGUUUUAUUAGUUCAUUCUGUAAUUAAUUUGCUUUUGAUGUAGAAAUAUAUAAAGCAAUUAAUAAAAACAUCUUGGGUUUCCCUUUUGGUAAUAAGUCAUGCUAUCUUUUUCCUGAUAAUUUAUCUUUCCUCCAAAGUCUUAUUCAGGUCAACUUGGAAGUGAUGUUAUUCCGUACUGCAUGUACAUGUACAUUAAAGGACAAGUCCACCCCAACAAAAAGUUGAUUUGAAUAAAAAGAGAAAAAUCCAACAAGCAUACCAUUGAAAAUUUCAUCAAAAUCGGAUGUAAAAUAAGAAAGUUAUGACAUUUUAAAGUUUCGCUUAAUUUCACAAAACAGUUAUAUGCACAUCCUGGCUGGUAUGCAAAUGAGGAGACUAUGACGUCAUCCACUCACUAUUUCUUUUGUAUUACAUGUACAUUCUACGAAAUAUGAAAUAUUCUAAAUUUCUCCUCAUUGUCAAGUGAUACAACGAUUAAUUCCUUCCUGAACAUGUGGAAUUAGCAUUGUUUAAUACUAUAUUGUUCAGUCAAGAUGGUCCUUAUUGUGAAAUCUGUAAAAAAUGAAAUAUUGUAUAAUUCAAACAAUAAAAAACAAAAGAAAUAGUGAGUGAUGGACAUCAUCCACUGACUCACUUAGUUGUGCGUAUCACUGUUUUGUGAAAAAUAAGCGAAAAUUAAAAAUGUCGUAACUUUCUUAUUUUACAUCCGAUUUUGAUGAAAUUUUUAGCACUAUGCUAGUUUGAUUUGUCUCUAUCUAUUCAAAUCAGCAUUUUCCUGGGGUGGACUUGACCUUUAAUGCAAAAUUCAGGAAAGUACAGGAGUGUGAUAUCCAGUGAUAUCUCUGAACAUGUUUCAAAAACAUAAUUUGAGUAAUUUUUAUUCCCCUAGAGAAUUAGACUGAGUAGGGUCAUAUUAGUUUGUAUAGUGACUUAUAUAAAGCUUAUAACUUGAUGUGAAAUCUUUGAUAUAUUUUGAAAUAUUCAUGUGUGGAUUCUAACAAUGUAUUACAUGUAUAUAAAUAUUCUGAGAUCUGUACAGCAAAUCACAUUCCAUUUGAUAUUAAAGUAAUGUUGAUGUGCA